AUGUCUAGCCCGCGAUUAUCGCCGUACGCCAACGAGGAGUACACCGUGGGCUGGAUAUGUGCCCUUCUUGUUGAACUAGCUGCAGCAAGGGGAAUGCUUGAUAGGGAAGACCAUGGAGAGCCCCAGACCUCACCCGCAACAGCAGAUCAGAAUCGCUACACGCUGGGGACUAUCGGUCAUUUUCGAGUGGUAAUCGCUUGCCUGCCAAAGAACCAGCUUGGCUCGUCUUCCGCAACCGCUUCGGUGAAGGACAUGCUAUUUACCUUCCCUAAUGUUCGCAUAGGUCUCUGUGUGGGUAUCGGGGCCGGCAUUCCUGAUUAUGAGAGCCGGGAUGAACAGGAUGUUCGUCUCGGAGAUGUUGUUAUCAGUAGUGACUCAAAGACUGGGGGUGUCGUGGCCUAUGCCCUGGGCAAGAAAUUGGCCGAUGGCUCGUUCGAGACUCGGUCUGCUUUGACUCUGCCCCCUCGAUCGCUAGGCACAGCUCUUGGGGCAAUGCAAGCACAACACAUGAUGGCAGAGAAUAAAAUAGAGUUCUACAUCGAACAAAUGCUCGAGAAGCAUCCAUUUAUGCGCAAGAAGGGAUAUUCGCGUCCGGACCAAUCACUGGACCGUCUGUUUAAAUUGGAGUACAUUCAUGCCGCGGGGAAGAACUGUUCGAAAUGCGAUGAUUCGGAGACCGUGGAGCGCGAGGAUCGAUUUGAUGAUGCUCCAGUUAUUCAUUAUGGAACAAUUGCCUCAGGUGACAUUGUCGUUAAGAAUGCUGCAUUGCGUGAUGAGAUUCGAGACAAGCAUGGGGCUAUCUGUCUUGAGAUGGAGGCUGCGGGAUUGAUGAAUAAUUUUCCUUGCGUCGUGAUCAGAGGAAUCUCGGACUACGCUGAUUCGCAUAAGAACGACCGCUGGCAGCCAUAUGCAGCUGCAGUGGCUGCCGCGUGCGCAAAGGGGUAUUUGGAACAUAUACAGGUGAAGGAUGUUUGCGGAGAGCCCCCAGCGAAAGCUAUACUUGAGAGGGUGCAAGAAGGUGAGUAA